ACAACAGUGGAUUAUUCAGUCAUCGCCUACCUUCUCUUACUUUCCUAGACGAAUCCUUCAUCGUCUUCGUUCAAUAAUUCAUUGGCGCUGGUGAGCUCUACUCAUCCGUUAUUCCGUCGUGAUUCAUUUCGGCACUCUAACCACAGACCAUGGUCAAUGACUCAGCCGUCGCAUAUCUACUCCUCUAUUCCAACGGUGAGCUCAUCUCUGGCGUCAGUCCGUUGUAAUUCGAUCACGCUAACGUACAUUUCUCCAUCAGGACAUGUAGAGAACAUAGACUCUUCCUUUGGGUUUAACCAAAACCGUUCUUUAUUGCCUCAUCAGGUUAUGGUCAUUAGGUCUAACUCCAUCAGCAACACUCUACCGCCGAGAAAAUCUCAUAAACGGACGAACACUGAUAUCAUUAAGACCAAUUUGAUGACCCCUCCGAGUUAUCCGGGAUCAAGCUACACUAAGCUAUUAGCUGCGCUUCACUUGGUUCCGACGAAUCCACCGCAUAAAUUCACCGGCGACGAGCGAAAUUUCGAGAAUCUCGGCGGCGAGAAGUGCAAGGACAGUAAUACGAAGAUGACUAAAGGAGUAGAUGGACUCACAUUUCCGAUGUCGAGAGAAUCGGAGUCCGCUUCUCGACUUAAAACCUUCAUCUCCGAUAUGCUUCCUCGCUUCACUGACGAUUACUCCGACGACCUCUCUGAGUAUGUUACGGUGCUUGUCUGUAAUGGAAAGAAUCAGAGACAGGUAAGCGAAGAUUUGGAGGCAUUUCUUAGGGAGCAAUCUUGGAAAUUUGUUACCUGCUUAUGGGAGCUUCUUGUGAACUACUUCUCUCAAAGUAAUUCUGCUUCUGGACCUAAGACUGCUGUUGACUUUGGCUUUCAUGAUACUCUAAUCGAACAAGGUUUAAGCUCCAGAAAUCAUGGUGACUAUGAUCGCGAAGCUGCCGAUGGUACUAAUUCGAUGAAUGAACAGCUGAUAUCAGUUACUGCUCCCAUUGAAGACACUGAGGCUCCUGUAUCACCAAAAGUUGAAAAAAUGAAGAUGUUACGACAAGAGCUCAUUGAUAGCCCUUGUACAAGGGCACGACGAAAAAAGAAAGAAGAUUGGAACUCGUCUGGUUACUCUAGAAAAAUACUGCGCUCUGUCAUUGUUUCAGCCACUAAGCAACCAUGUGAUAGGAAUCCUGCUAAAUAUGAAAAGUCUAUGAAUGAAAGGAGUAGAAUCCUAAAGAAGCGCCCAUACUUACCAGAAAGAGAACUGGAUUCUCAGUUUGUUCCAAUAGGAAGAGCUGUGUCUCCACACCAAGAAAUGGCGCCUCAUGUUAGUGUCUGGGACCGUUUAGGCCGAGCAAGCUCCAAACGUGUUCUUGACUCAGAAAGCCGGACAUUGUCUAAGUUUGGUAUCAAGGCACAUGAAAACAAAGUGCUUCAGCAGCAUGGACAAGUAUUUCCUGAAGUGUAUAGUGAACAACAUAGCGAGAUAUUUCAAAGAGAAGUUCCUGCAGUUGGUUACAGGCACAGAGUUUCCCAAUCCGAUGAAGCAAGGAAACCCGAGAGUGGAAUUAUCACAUCCACUGAACCGCAUAUUGCAUAUAACCUGAACAGAAAGAGGCGUUAUAGCGUCGUCAACCCCAAUUCAGGAGAGUUUAGCAGUGUUCUCCAAUAUAAGCAAGCUGAAGAGGAUGUUGAAAUGCCAAGCCUUCUCUCCUAUCAGUCCCCAAAGCCAGAUAUCUUUGCAGAAAUAAAGAACGUGAAAGAAAAGAUGCAAGAACUAGAACUCCGAAUUUUUCAAUCAAAGCAGUUGAAGAAACAGAAAGUUGAAGAACUCAAACCCUCACCACAAUCUGGCGAAUCACAGUAUCAGCAAGAUGUCACAGAAUCAAGAAUCAUACAUGUUACUAACGUAUAUUAUGCAGCAAAGAAAGAAGCUAUAUCAAUGCUCUUCAGCAGCAAGUGUGGAGCUGUCGAAAAUGUUACAAUUGUAACUGAUCCAGUAACUCAGCAUCCAAAGGGUACUGCUUUUGUGACUUUUGCUGCAAAGGAGUCAGUUAACCAAGCAAUAGCUCUGAGCGGCACAAUGUUCUAUUCAAGACCCAUCAAGGUUCAGAGGCACGUGAUAGCUUCUGGAGUAGUGUCGCUGUCAGCACCACAGAUAGUUACUGCAAGUUAAACCCAAAAGGAAUGGUAAUACACAAAGAGCCUAAAAACAUGACCUUAGCGACACCGUUGUACAGCCCCUACGAAUAGGAAACAAGUGAAAGUCACAAUCAGUUCCUCUUUGAUCAGAUUUUAGUCCAUUUACGUUUCAUAGAACAGAAACAUAGUGGUGGAUGAUGAAUUGACUGAGAAAAGCUUAUAAGCCAGAGAAGUGAAGAAUUCCUAAUAAGCAAACACAUGUUGG